AUGGCCGGGUGCCGGCAGGCUGCGCCGUGGGCCUGGGCGUGCGUGGCGGCGGCCGCCCUGCUGCUCGCGGGCGGGCUGGUGCGCGGCGACUGCUGGCUGAUCGAGGGCGACAAGGGCUUCGUGUGGCUGGCCAUCUGCAGCCAGAACCAGCCGCCCUACGAGGCCAUCCCGCAGCAGAUAAACAGCACCGUCGUGGACCUGCGGCUGAACGAGAACCGCAUCCGCAGCGUGCAGUACGCCGCGCUGAGCCGCUUCGGCAACCUCACGUACCUCAACCUCACCAAGAACGAGAUCGGCUACAUCGAGGACGGCGCCUUCUCGGGCCAGUUCAACCUGCAGGUGCUGCAGCUGGGCUACAACCGGCUGCGCAACCUGACGGAGGGCGCGCUGCGCGGCCUGAGCAAGCUGGAGUACCUGUACCUGCAGGCCAACCUCAUCGAGGUGGUGGCGCCCGGCGCCUUCUGGGAGUGCCCCAACAUCGUCAACGUCGACCUGUCCAUGAACCGCAUCCAGCGGCUGCACAGCGCCACCUUCGCGGGCCUGGCCAAGCUGUCCGUGUGCGAGCUCUACAGCAACCCCUUCUACUGCUCCUGCGAGCUGCUGGGCUUCCUGCGCUGGCUGGCGGCCUUCACCAACGCCACGCAGACCUACGACCGCGUGCAGUGCGAGUCGCCGCCGCUCUACUCGGGCUACUCCCUCCUGGGCCAGGGCCGCCACGGCCAGCGCAGCGUCCUCAGCAAGCUGCAGUCCGUGUGCACCGACGCCUCCUACGCGGCCGAGACCCGCCCGGCGCCCGGCCGCUCGCCGCCGCCGCCGCCGCCCCCCGCGCCGCCCGCGGAGCCCAGCGAGGGCCCCUGCGCCGAGGAUGAGUGCUUCUCCGGCGACGGCACCACGCCGCUGGUGGCCCUGCCCACGCUGGCCCCGCAGGCCGAGGCCCGCCCGCUCAUGAAGGUCACGCAGCUGACGCAGAACUCGGCCACCAUCACGGUCCAGCUGCCCAGCCCGUUCAACCGCAUGUACACGCUGGAGCACUUCAACAACAGCAGGUCGUCCACCGUGUCCAGGCUGACCCGGGCCCAGGAGGAGAUCCGCCUGACCAACCUCUACGCGCUCACCAACUACACCUACUGCGUGGUCUCCACCAGCUCGGGGCUGCAUCACAACCACACCUGCCUCACCAUCUGCCUGCCCAAGCCGCCCAGCCCGCCGGGCCCCGUGCCCGGCUCCUCCACGGCCACGCGCUACAUCAUGACCGUCCUGGGCUGCCUCUUCGGCAUGGUGCUGGUGCUCGGCGCCGUCUACUACUGCCUGCGGCGGCGGCGGCGCCGGGAGGAGCAGCAGCAGAAGGCCGCCGCGGCGGCCGCGGCCGGCAGCCUCCAGAAGACGGUCAUCGAGCUCAAGUACGGGCCCGAGAUGGAGGCGCCCGGCCUGGCCCCGCUGUCCCAGGGCCCGCUGCUGGGCCCCGAGGCCGUGACCCGCGUGCCGUACCUGCCGGCGGCCGCCGGCGAGCUGGAGCAGUACAAGCUGGCGGAGGGCGGCGAGACGCCCAAGGCCAGCAAGGGCAGCUACCUGGAGGUGCGUUCAGGGGGGCAGGCGGAGCGCAGGGACGGGGGGCCGGGCCCCGACAGCCGCAGCUCGGUGGCCGAGAUCUCCACCAUCGCCAAGGAGGUGGACAAGGUCAACCAGAUCAUCAACAACUGCAUCGACGCCCUCAAGUCCGAGUCCACCUCCUUCCAGGGCGGCAAGGCGGGGGCCGCGGCCGAGCCGCAGCUGGUGCUGCUGUCCGAGCCGCUGGCCGGCAAGCACGGCUUCCUGGCGCCCGCCUACAAGGACGCCUUCAGCCACAGCCUGCAGCGGCAUCACAGCGCGGAGGCCGCCCCCGGGGCCCCGCGCGCCAGCACCUCGUCCAGCGGCUCCGCGCGCAGCCCGCGGCCCUACCGCGCCGAGGCCGCCGGGCCGCACAAGGCCGCGGCCGCCGAGGCCAAGUACAUCGAGAAGAGCUCGCCCGCGGCCGACGCCAUCCUCACUGUGACCCCCGCGGCCGCCGUGCUGCGGGCCGAGGCUGAGAAGAGCCGCCAGUACGGUGAGCACCGGCACUCGUACCCCGGCUCCCACCCCGCCGAGACGCCCCUGCCCCACGAGGGCCCCGGCGGCCGCAAGGCGUCCAUCCUGGAGCCUCUGACCCGGCCGCGGCCCCGCGACCUGGCCUACUCGCAGCUGUCCCCGCAGUACCAUAACCUGAGCUACUCCUCCAGCCCCGAAUACACCUGCAGGGCCUCCCAGAGCAUCUGGGAGCGCUUCAGACUGAGCCGCCGGCGGCACAAGGACAACGGGGAGUUCGUGGCGGCCGGCCACGCCCUGCGCAAGAAGGUCCAGUUCGCCCAAGAUGAGGACCUGCACGACAUCCUGGACUACUGGAAGGGCGUGUCCGCACAGCACAAGUCCUGAGCCCCCCCCCCCCACGCCAGGCGCCCGGUGCCCGCGCCCUCCCCGAAACUCGUGAUGCCCACUGGACCAAAAAGGACACAAGAGCCACUGCAGCUGUUUGUAACCCAGAGACCCACGGGACACACCCACACACACACGCUAGCAGCUGUUAAAGCCCUGGGCUUUGCAGAGGAAGUGGGGAGGGGGCACUGACAGUAUGAACGGGAGGUGAACCGUGGCCGAGCACGUGUACCUGCCCUGAGUCAUUCUCACCGGUGUGAGCGGGCCCGUACACACACACACAUACACACCACCAUACAGACACACCACACACACACACACCACCACCACCACACAGACACACCCCACGCACACACCCCACACACAGACACACACACAAGGGACUUCGGAAAACUGUGUCUUAGGGAUGGGGGGUGGGGGUUUUUUUUU